AUGAGUGAACCCGACCCCGUCACCCCCGACUCGGAUGGUCUCGCUAUUCUUUCGUCUCAAGUCACCGUCCCAUCCACGGAAGUUCCUCCUUCACCCAUCGACCCCAACGCGUCGUUCAAGACGGAGGUCAAUGAUGACAGACUAAGCUGUGCUACUGUCGUUCCCUCUUCACUCACACCGCCACCUUCUUCACAAGUGCCGACCCAUGUCAGGAAUGGUGCCUUGCCCACCGGCUUCGUCGACUCUCAGCGCUCUACCCUCUUCUCGCCUCCCGACACCGCUCUCAGCACCGCUCCAGCCAAUGCUCGACUGGGAUGGGGCGUCGCUGCCGGCUACGUGCCUCCCUCCCCUCCACAGGUCCUCGAAGCUACUGCCGACGAACUCCGCGCUAUGGUGCAGGCGUGCGUCGGCGAACACGCCAAGUUGAAAAUGGAGGCUGCCCAUCACAAGCUACAGUACAAUCUCCUGAGCCUCCAAGCGAACGAAGAUGCAAAGCGAGCCGAGGUCGAGCAUGAGAUGACGCGUCGUGAAGUCGAGGCACUGCAAAAUACCGAAUGCUCCCGACAGGCUCGCCGCGAGCUGAGCGCUGCCAUCCAUACCGCCCAACUCGAAUGCCUCCAGAUGAAGAAAUUAUAUGAGCAGGCAGUGCAAGAAAAUCGCGGUUUGAAACAACGCCUCAAGAGCGCCAAGAUGCUUCUGGUCGAAAAAGAGGACCACGUCUGCAAUCUACGGGAGAAGCUCGACAUGGCGCUGACGCGGAUACACGAGAACCGCGAACAUUUCCAGAUGCUCCGUAGCCCCGGCGGCCUCUUCCAUCACGCCCUGACGCCCAAGCAACAGACCGUUUCGACGCCCCAACAGCCCGCCCGGGGUAAUCGGCGCCAGACCCCUCGCGGGAGCCACCGAAACGCCCGCGUCGACGCCGGACACGGCCAGGAACGCAUGGUCGCGUUGCUCCAAGCUAUCAACCAGGACAACCACAGCGCGCCCUCGACCCCGGUCACGGCCAGCCGGCCUCCUCCGCCUCGAAACAUCUCCAGGCACACUCGCAAUGCACAGUCGUUGUCCUCUCUGCCCAUGACACCGGACUCAAAGCCGCGAGGAAGUCACUCCGUGCUGCUCCCGUCCGUCGACCUCGUUCCCCAGACCGAACCCCCUCGCCGUCGAGCCGGCGAUGAUUUCAUCCCAGAGAGCCCAAGGUUCCGACGUCGCAAGAGCCGAGAAAGCACCACCUCCGCCACCGAGGAUAACGAAGACCUAGCACGCCGAGCCCUCGAGUCUGUUGUUGGGGGGUCUGCAGUCUUGUCUCGGGGAGGACCGCACGGCUCGCGCGGGCCACGCCGCCCGCUCCCCAACAACGACAAAGACGGGGAGGACGAUGAUGUGACGAUGAGUCAGGCGAGUCAGGCGGCGUCGGAGAUGCUGCGACGCGAUCCGCGGCAGAGCUUCGAGGUGGCCAGCUCGGCCGGAUCCCCGGACGCGACGCCGGCGCCGGUCGAAAAGAGUGCCAGGCUGCAGGCCAGGCUUCUCUCGGGCCACUCGAAGAGCGGAGCGGAGAAACGCAAGUUCAGCGGCGGCCUCCCGCCACCCGAGGAGCUACGGCCGGACCAGGCCAGUCCAACGAAAAGGAUCCGAGUGGGCGGCGACCAACUAGAGGAGCGUCGUCGCCUCGGUCUCGGCAUUCAGUAG